AGGUCCUCUACCUGAACUCCAGCUGCAGAACUGUUAGUAGAAUUCAAUCUUCGUCACCUGGUGAACUUGAAGACUGCCAAAGCUAUACUUAUAGCUCUCUGGAAAAUGACGAUCACCAUUGCCACCGAAAUGACCCUUGCCGAAAAGUCAAAUCAAUUACCAGAGGAAACUGAAAAUGUGGCAUCAGCUCCCGUAAUGAAGGACCAAGACGAUAUGGAAAAAGGACAUGACAGCAGUCGUAGGUCGAGUAGUAGUAGUUCGAGUAGUUCAAGCUCCGAUGAGGAUUCGGACGAUGCGUUGGCGACCAAUGUUGACGAUCCAUGGGCGAUUGUCGAAAUGGUAGACGAUUCAGAGAAAUGGAAAGACAUGACCACGAAAGCCAAAGUACUCCGAGUUUCAAUCAACACUGCAAAAAUCGUCACUGCAUUGGGACUGCUUUAUUUUUUCAUAUGCUCGUUGACUUUGCUUUCGGACGCAUUCCGUCUGAUUUCCGGAAAAACUGCCGGCGAAAUUUUCCAACAAAGCGAACUGAUGCAAAAUCCUGUCGUUGGCUUGAUGAUUGGUAUUCUUGUAACGGUGCUGGUUCAAAGUUCCUCAACAUCCACCUCGAUCGUAGUUGCGAUGGUCGCCUCGGGCAUCAUCACCGUUCACAUGGCAAUCCCAAUCAUUAUGGGUGCGAACAUUGGCACUUCGGUGACCAACACGAUCGUGUCCUUCACCCAAAUCGCCAAUAAAAAUGAGUUUAGGAGAGCAUUCGCCGGAGCAACCGUUCACGACAUGUUCAAUUGGCUGGCCGUCAUCGUACUCUUUACCCUUGAAAUUGCGACAAAUUCAAUUUUUGGAAUCGGUUACCUUGAAUGGCUGACCGGAGAAAUAGUCAAAGGUGUCAAUUCCACUUCUGGCAGCGGCGAAGUUCGUUUGUUGAAUGCUAUCAUCGAUCCAUUUGUGGACAAGAUCAUUCAGCUCGAUUCCAGUGUUCUCCAAGGAUGGGCAGUUAAUGAUCCAGAUUACGAAAACGCUUCCUUGAUCCAGCAAUGCGGAAACAUUACCGAACCUGUUCCAUGUCAGGGCGAAUUUCUUUUUGAAGACACCAACAUGGAAGAUUGGGGCGUGGGGCUGAUCCUUCUGUUCAUAUCCCUUUUCAUGCUCUGCGGAUGCCUGGUUGGCUUAGUCAAAAUUCUCAACUCUAUGAUGAAAGGACAUAUCGCUAACCUCAUCAAGCGCGUGAUUAAUGCCAAGAUUCCUUACGUCCCUUGGCUUACGGGCUACAUCGCCAUGGCCCUCGGUGCGGUCAUUACCUUUUUGGUCCAGUCCAGCUCGGUUUUCACUUCCACUCUGACUCCGCUCGUCGGCAUUGGUGUCAUUUCUAUCGAACGAGUCUACCCGCUUACUUUGGGGUCCAACAUAGGGACGACAACAACAUCUCUCAUCGCUGCAUUAGCAGCGCCACCGGAAAAACUACAAGACACCUUGCAGAUUUCCCUCGUCCAUUUGUUCUUCAACAUAACGGGCAUUCUGCUUUACUACCCCAUUCCUUUCAUGCGAUUUCCUAUCCCUAUGGCUAAAUUUCUUGGCAACGAAACUGCCAAGUACCGGUGGUACGCCAUUUUCUACCUGGUGGGGAUGUUCUUCGUUUUGCCUGGCGUCGUUCUGGGUCUCUCCAUUGCUGGGCCUAUCGCCCUGCUAUGCGUCGGCGUUCCAUUUUUGAUAAUUCUGGUCGUCAUCGCCGUGAUCAAGAUAUUACAACGGAAGAAACCAUCCUGGUUGCCGCGUGUCAUGCGAAACUGGAAAUGGCUUCCGCUCGCUUGUCGCUCUCUGGAGCCUUACGAUCGCCAGUUCGCCAAAUGCGCUUGCUGCAAGAAAUGCAGACCGGCUGUAGAAGAAAAUGGUCCGAGUUCCGCAAUCAGCGUAGAGAUUACGGUUUCCAGCGACAGCCUAACCAAAGAUUCGUCGUAGAACAGUGCAGCAUUCUGUUUUGUUGACAAUUUUAUCUAUAAGAAGAAUCGCGCAUUUUUCAGCCACCAAGAUCAGGCAACGAAGAAAAUUGCAAAUUCAAUCAAACGAUUCUUUAUUUUCCCUUUUGACUCCAAGAUGUCGCUUUACAACCUUAAGGAAGAAAAUCUGUGUCGUCAAGAUGUUAAUUAUUAUUUUUUUUUAACUCACGGCCAAAACUCAUGCCUGUUUCCCUAUUAUGUCUGCAUUCUGUUUCGUUUGUCUGUUGUGUCAUUAAUGGAAAGGUGAAACUUUCAAUCAUAAUGGAAGAUGACGGAGCAAUUGGCGGAGUCGUGUACAUACACUAAUAAUAAAUUAUGUACGUGACAAAUUA